AGGAGUUUCCAAUGCAAAAUUCAACAAUGUUCCGUUUUCCACUGAGAACCAAAGAGAUGGCAGAUAACUCCAAGAUUUCGAACUCUCCAGUAACGCUGCCAGACUUAGGUGACAUGAUGGAGGCACUUAAAGGAGAAUUAUUUGAAGUUCUGCUUUUUGUGAAUAACGUCAGGAAGAUCACUCUGUGUGACAUCGAUGAAGAAAGUGGAAAGGUGGUGAACUCUUAUUCCGUAGAAGCAGAAAUGUCAGAAGAGGAUGCAACCAAGAGGCAACAGUUUGCCACCUACGUCAAACAAGUUGCAAAGACAGGUGAUAAAUCAGACCAAUUUUUUCCAGGGAACGUCAAGGUGAAAGACUGCUCUUAUGCUCUGAGGUUACGAGACAGUCUUGGCAAAGAAGAAAAGUGGCUCAUUGUCAGGAAAAUUGGAUUUGAUAACGAAGUACCAACAAGCAUCGUGGAAGCGUACAAAAAGGGUGAUCUGGGAAUGCUUCCGCGCGGUGGUAUCGCUUGCCUUUUGGAGCAGAAUUCCAAGCAGGGGGACUCAGGGACUACCAGGAAAAAAGCUUACUGCUUUCUUCCACUUCCUUUAGAAACCGAUCUUCCAGUCCAUGUCAAUGGUCAUUUUGCACUGGACCAUGAAGCCAGAAGAAAUCUUUGGAGAGACCAAGGUAAUGGCUAUCGCAGUGACUGGAAUAACGCUUUGCUGAGAGAUGUGAUAGCCUCGUGUUAUUUAACACUUUUGGAUGAGGUAAGGUGUUACCUUCAUUUGCCAAUUACACACAGCGCUGAAGACGUUACGCCGGACUAUAGUAAAGAUGCCUUGGUAGAAAAGAUCGAGGAAUACGAGAAUCUGUUUCCAUUGGUAGUCUCAGGCAAUCCGUACUGGGAAACUUUGGUAAGAUCCGUGUAUCAAGGAAUGGACAAAAAGAGAUUAAGACUUCUUCCAGUGGUGCGAAGUACACUAUCAGAAGCUGCCACUCCAUUAGUUAAUCUAAAAUGGCUUCCUCCAACAGGCGAAGGGAAAGACGAAGCGUUCUUCAACAAUCUUGGAGAAAGCGAUUGUUUUGCGCCCCGACCAGGAGAUUUUUCUCUUCAAAACGAUCCUGAAAAGGAAGAGAAACGAAGAUUGGAGCUGAAAACGUCCUUUGAAGAAAUUCUACUGGAAACGGGAUUUAACCUUGUAAAAUGUUUCUUAUCUGUAUACUCAGCGUUUCAAGAAGCAGGUGUGAGUUCUCGUUGCGUGUCUCCUUCUUCUGUGAUGGAGUUCUACAAGACUUUCAAUAAUGAAGAUCCCCUUUGCCGCAUUGGAUCGACUUAUGUUGAUGUUACAAAGACACCAUUUAAGAACAUUGACAGUGUCACACUCGUGCUUAAGUACUGCAAGGAUGACGAACAUUUCUUGCCAAACCUGCCAGGACUUCCCCUACUUGUAACUCAAGACAAUCGUUUGCAAGAAUUCAGCACUUCUAGUCCGAAGUUUCUCUCGCGUCAUCAUGGAAUUCUACCGCAUUGCAAAGAAAUGUUUGUUCAUGAACGAGUAAGGAUACAAGUCUUUGGCCAUGUGUCAUGUCUACAGUUCCCUGUCUUCAAGCGUUUUGGAGUACAGGACUUCGCUAGUAACUUGCAUCGAACUCUACCAGGUGAAUAUUGCAGCGCAGAUGGGUACGUUCGGUGGUCUCCUACACAAGGCUCAGUACCAAAUCAACCUUGGUUGUACAAGGUUUGGACUUUCCUGAAUGAAGAAACAGAAAUUGUCCUCAAGGAAAUUGAGUCAAGUGAACAGCAGUUCACAAGCAUUUGUGAAAUAAAGCAACACGAAGUCAGAAGAAUUCGUACACUUCUUCAGCCUCUCUCAAACUGGAGCGUCCUUCCUUGCACAGAGACGAUCCAAAUGACAAGAUCCUCUAGUGAAAGUGCUUUGGUUGUGGUACCAGAACAUUUCCUCGUGCCCUUGAUUCUAGCAGAAUCUGUUCUUGAUUUCACAGGUCCAGAUGCUAAUAGUCGUCCACUUGUUGAGGCUUUGAAAAUGCUCGACCUGGCUGAAGUAAACUAUGCUGUUUUGUCGUUGGAUUCCUUCCAUCUUGCCAGCAAGUUAGUAGCUUCGCUAAAAACACCAGCAACCCUCGUCAAAUCCUUGGAGCAGAAGAUGAAGAUAUACCCACAAGCUCUUGAAGGAAAACUGAAAAAUGGACAAUGCAGGACCAUUUUGGAGUAUUUCAGCAACAACGUUGAAAAUCUACAAGAAAGCGACAAGAAGGUGCUAAGAAGACUUCCUUUUUAUCAAGCAACACAUGGUGGCCUCAUCAGUGUAAAUAGUACAAAGGUAUGCGCCCUUCCCAUUGGCAUUCCACGGAAAGAGAUGGAAGAGUUAAGCCUUCAACUACAUGUGGUGUUUUUGGAAGGCUGGCACAGUCUGUCCCCACUCUUCAAAUUUCUAGGUUUCGAGUGUCUCUCGGCAGUCGCCGUAUAUUGUAAUUUCAUUUUGAAGAAUUUUGAUAUUUUUAGCUCGGAAGGACGGCUCGCUCACCUUAAGUACAUCCGUGAUUCUAUUUUGACAUCAACAUCGACGUCAACAUUGACAUCAACCGGUGAGAGUGACAAGGAGAGGUUGCUAACUUGUUUGAAGAACACAGCGAUUGUUACCUCCGAAGAUGGGACUUUGCAGAAAGCAUCUUCAUACUACUAUCCCCACAAUGAUGUUUUCAAAAUAAUGCUUUCUGAAGACAAGUUUCCACCAGAGCCUUUCAACAAAUAUGAAUGGCUGUUGUUUUUGAAACGCAUUGGAUUAAUCUAUGAAGUUUCCCAAGAUCUUUUCAAGACGUUUGCUACUGAAGUUGCCCGCGAGGGUGCAAGACAGCAGACUGCGAAAACUGAUGAAAAAUCGAGAGUUCUAGUAAAACACCUUUUCAACCGAGAGGAUGUUGUAGAAGAAGACGUCCUUCAAGAAGUCCGUGACGUCCGCUUUGUGGCUGCAGAUCCUGUGGGGCAAGAACUUCGGAAUAUCUGUGGUCCGUUCGGUGGAGGUAGGGAUGGUCAGGCACCAUACAUUUCAUUCAAAGGUUCUGUGUUAGCAAAACACACAAAGAUAGUUUGGACGACAGCAGCUGUUCUUCCAAACUGGGCAAAUCCAAGGAAUUAUCAGUAUAACAUUACAGUUCCUAAAGGCUGGAAAUGUGCCAGUGAUGUUUGCAAUGCCAUUCUUUCCCAACUCCAGAUUCUCGCAGAACCAACUGUGGAUAUGGUUAUUUUUCACUGCCAAAAUGUAUCCUGUCAACUGGCAAAAGAAAACGAUGUUACUCCUCGACCUGAUCAGCAACAGAUACGGACGUCAGUAAUGUCGAAUAUCUACAGGUUCCUUCAACGAAAAGCCGUGUUAAGCAUUACUGCAAAAGAACGCCUUCAGCACAUCCCUUGCCUUUUGGUCGAGGAAGGUGGACGUUUUGUUUAUGCCAAACAAGUAAUCAUUGAAUUGUACAAGAACCUUGAGAUCAAGCCGUUCCUUUACGGAAUGCCCGGUGAACUCAGUGAGUUCAAGACACUGUUUAAAUAUCUGGGAUGUUCCCCUUCUGUCACACCUUCGCACUAUGCUAUGGUGUUGGACAUGUUACACGGUCAGUGUAAGGCAAACGAGCUGGAGCCAAAUGAGGUGGACAGUGCCUUAAGAGCGGUUAAAGGUCUCCUUGAAACGAUGCAAGACAAUCCUGACGCAAAGCAGGAUAUAUCUACUUUGUACCUACCAGCCACAUAUCCAUUCAGUAGUGAUUUCAUUGUGAAUGACACUAUCUUUCCUGUUGUUUUAAUGAAGGCUUCCGAGCUUAUUUUUAAUGACGCUCCUCACUACUUUGAUCGUGUUCACGACUUCAACCUGCCAUUUGUGGUGGAUCUUAAGAGAGCCAAUGUUGUCUGCAAAGGCAAUGCAAAUUACAAGGACCUAAUCGUGCUACUUCCCACAGCUGUACAGCCAAAGAUGAUGUCAUGCGUAAUCAUAGAGAAAUUCGCAGAAUCUGAAGGCUGUAGCGAGCGUUUUGAUGUUGGUGCUGCUAGCUCAUUAAGAAAGCAGCUGCACUCAGAAGAAUUCUACCGCGGAAUUGUCAGGCUUAUUCGUCACGCUAAUCAAGAUUGUGGUCUUGACGAAGCUGUGGUUGCAACUGUGAGGAACAAUUUACAAAGUAUCGAAUUGCUUGGUAUGAAUAAAAUUGUCACUCAUUUAGUUCAUAAUGGGGAAGUGAUUCGUGGGAGUGAAAUUGAAGUGCCAUACUUUUUGGAGAAGGUUUUGCAGUCGGGUCAAGAAAUUUGGAAAGUUUACGUCAAUAUCGUCGAAGACGCAGAGGAAACAAUCUCUGCGAUAAUUCUAACGUUAACAGAAGUGAUCGAUGAAGCGUGCAAAGGGCUGUUGCGGAACACAACGCAUUACAUUUCUGCCAUGCUGCUCAGCCAACCUGGGAAGAUAUUUUCCUUACUGGAUAGGAGGAAUAUUCGUCAAGACAACUCUUAUGAUACAGACAAAGGAGACGUCUUUCCGCCACCAGGUAGUUUCAUUCCUAUAGCAAUGCAUAACCUUCUGAAUCCGGCGUUUCAAGCGUUUACUCCCGGAGAAUAUGUGGGGUACGAGUUAGGUGAUCCAAGUCUUGAGCUGCAGGAAGGAGAUGCCACCUACAUCUACGCUGUGAUAAUCGAAGAAAUGCCAAGUGACCAUGCCAGCCUCCUUUCGAAGUUUUACAAGAUCAACAUUGGAGAGGGCAAGGAGCCACAAAUUGUCGAGGCUACUAUGUUGUACAAAUUUCACCGUGCCCAAGAGAUAACAUCAACUCAGGUAGCCCUAUCUGACCAACAAAGAAGCUCACACUCCACGACAGAUAAACAGAAGAUUUUUGAUGAAAUUUCAAGAGCGCUUGAAGAAGCAUGGAAUUUGCCAGAAGAAAGAAGAAGACGAAUUGUCAAGCGACUGUUUCUACAGUGGCAUCCCGACAAAAACCCAGGAAAUGAGGUGUUCUGUACGGAAGUAUUUCAGCACAUAAAGAGUGAAAUCGAACGAUUGGAAAGAGGAGAAUCACGCAGAGGUGGAAGCUGGAGCUCUACCUAUGGUGCUUUCUAUGGUUUCUGGGGAAGGCGUGCAAGGCUGCGGAAAAAGCACUGA